CCAAAACUGUCUAUAAGAAGCGCCUCAAACCAAUUCAAAUGCAAGCCAACUAGAGAGAGAGAGAGAGAGAUGGAAGUCACGCAACUACGGCACAUGAAUGGAGGAAUGGGAGAAUCAAGUUAUGCUAACAACUCAUUGCUUCAGAGAAAGGUGCUAUUGACGACAAAGCCCAUAAUGGAGGCAGCCGUCACGGCUCUCUUCUCUACGGCCGCUGCCACCUUCCCGACGAGCCUCGCCAUUGCAGACUUGGGCUGUUCCACUGGCCCCAACACUCUCUUUGCUGUGUCCGAGAUCAUCAACAUCAUGAGCAAUCUCUGCAAGGCGACCAAGCAAGAGCUGCUGGAGAUCCAAGUGUUCUUGAAUGAUCUCCCGGGGAACGACUUCAACACCAUCUUCAGCAGAUUCUUGCCGAGAUUCCAAGAGAAGUUGAGUGAGCAAAUGAAGAGCAAGAACGGAGCGUGGGCAACAUUGUCGUGCUUCUUCAAUGGCGUUCCUGGUUCAUUCUAUGGGAGACUGUUCCCUCGGGAGAGCCUACACUUGAUUCAUUCUUCAUACAGCCUCCAUUGGCUGUCUCAGGUCCCACGAGGCCUAGAGGGAAACAAAGGCAACAUAUAUAUGUCGAGAUCAAGCCCUCCAAGUGUGCUUAGGGCAUACUACGAGCAAUUCCAAAGGGACUUCUCAACGUUCUUGGAGUGUCGUGGGCAAGAGGUGGUGGUGGGAGGGCGUAUGCUAUUGACCCUCCAGGGUCGAAGAAGCGACGAUCUUUCAAGCGAAGAGUGUUGCUACAUUUGGGAGCUCUUGGCUAUUGCUCUCAAUGAAAUGGUCUCCGAGGGACUCAUAGAAGAAGAGAAAGUGGACUCCUUCAAUGUCCCUAUGUACACACCCUCACCAAAGGAAGUACGAGGGGAAGUCCAAAAGCAAGGGUCAUUCUCAAUCGAUUGCUUGGAGGUGUCCGAAGUGAAUUGGAGUGUUCUUGACACCAAUUUCAACACUAAUGUUGUGUUGGAGGAUGAGGGAUACAAUAUGGCCAAGUGCAUGAGAGCUGUGUUUGAGCCCUUACUCGUUGAGCACUUUGGUGAAGAGAUCAUAGAUGAGGUCUUCAAGAGAUAUAGGGCUCAAAUUGUUGAUGCCAUGUCCAAGGAAAAGACUGCAUUCGUCAACAUCACCAUUUUGCUAAAGAAAAUCACGUAGAUAAAUCGCAAAAAUCUCAAAGUGAACACAUUACAUUUAUAAGGACGUUUAUGGUGAAGUUGAUAUAUAAAUGUCACAAGUGUGUUUCCGAUGAUUUGAAGAAGGUCUGGCUGUUUCACUUGUAUUACUUCUUGUGUCAUAUCUCGUGCUAACAAAAUGCAAGAAACUUGCUGCAAGUUGAAGGGCUUGAUAUUUGGGAUUAA